CGCGACUCCACCCAAAGCCGCGAGCGAGCUGAAGCACAAAACAACUCGACACUCAGUGCGAGUCAGUUAUGGCGUCCGAGAGGAUCUCCUGAAGAACAAACUGCUCGCAAAACUUUCACCAAAAGCAUGUAACGAGCUCUCGACGAGCGCUUUAACCGCUUGGAACUGACAGACGUAGCGAAAAAGUCGACUUCACGAGCGAGUCCUGAUCGUUGAGUGUCGAGUGUGAGUUUAAAGCUAACAGAGCGCAGCUAGCAGCAGAGUUUGGCGUCGCGAGCACUUUCACCAACAGUGGAAACAGUGGAUAGAUUGUAAUAUAGAGACUUUUAAAACGGAGUAGUGAGAGGAGACGCUAUUUAAGCGUCUGACCGAGAGUUUGUUCGCUGUGUUGUUUGUGAGAGCGAGUGGAGAUGGCUCAGUCGCCGGUUGCUGUUCAAGUUCCUGGAAUGCAGGUCCUCGGACAGCUGCGUUGCGCGAUGCAGUGGGCUGAGAUGAUUGAUCGACACACUGCCACGGUGCAGGCGAGCAGUGCAGGGGCCGCAGAUCACAAGAGAUCGAACAGUCGAGCAGACCCUGAGGAGCUGUUCACUAAACUGGAGCGCAUCGGAAAGGGCUCAUUCGGUGAGGUCUUCAAAGGUAUCGACCGCCGCACUCAGAAUGUCGUGGCUAUCAAGACCAUCGACCUAGAGGAAGCAGAGGAUGAAAUCGAAGACAUCCAACAGGAGAUCACGGUGCUUAGCCAGUGUGACAGUCCUCAUGUCACCAAAUACUACGGCUCAUACCUAAAGGGCAGCAAACUAUGGAUCAUAAUGGAAUAUCUGGGUGGAGGUUCAGCUCUGGACCUGCUGAGAGCCGGACCCUUUGACGAAUACCAGAUCUCCACUAUGCUGAAGGAGAUUCUGAAAGGUUUGGACUACCUGCACACAGAGAAGAAAAUCCACAGGGACAUAAAAGCUGCCAAUGUGCUGUUGUCUGAGUGUGGGGAGGUGAAACUGGCAGACUUUGGUGUGGCGGGACAGCUGACGGACACACAGAUCAAAAGGGAGACGUUUGUGGGGACACCGUUCUGGAUGGCCCCGGAAGUCAUCCAACAGUCCGCCUAUGACUCAAAGGCUGAUAUUUGGUCUCUGGGGAUCACUGCCAUUGAGCUGGCGAAGGGCGAGCCCCCCAACUCAGACAUGCACCCCAUGAGGGUUCUCUUCCACAUCCCAAAGAACACGCCACCCACCCUCAACGGAGACUUCUCCAAGAUCUUCAAAGAGUUUGUGGACUCCUGUCUUAACAAAGACCCUGCGUUUAGGCCAACAGCAAAGGAGCUCUUGAAGCACAAGUUCAUUGUUAAAUAUGCCAAGAAGACGUCCUACCUCACUGAGCUCAUCGACAGGCUAAAGCGCUGGAAGGCUGAGGGCCACAGCGAUGGAGAAUCCAGCUCUGACUCUGACUCGGAGCCCAGCGGUAGGGACAAUGACUCUUCUCCUGAAUGGUCCUUCACCACCGUUCGCAAGAAGAAGCCAGACAAGAAGCAGUCCAAUGGAAUGGAUGAAGAAGUGCAGAAGAAGUCUGUCAGCUUAACCACAGUCAUGAUUCCUGUGUUUUCCGAGCUGAAAUCACAGCACAGAGAUGAAGAGAUGUCGAGAGGAGUGAUUGAGGAGCUGGAGAGGAGCCUGUACAUGGCUGAGGACCUCUACCCUGGUGUCACAGACAGGAUGAUCAGCCAGAUCCUGGAGAGGGUGCAGAGGUUCUCUGUGAGUUAGUGCAUGGCUGCGUUGGGUCAAUCCAAGCACAACAACCUGGAGGACAUGAGCGAUGGUCAGGUCUUCUGAUCACUGCACCUUAACACACUCACUUUGUUUCUUCCACACUCAAACACACUCACAUGUACAGCAAAUGGAGAAACGUCAAGUUGCACACUAUCUCACAACCAAAAGUAAUUUUUGUUUUUCUCCCAAAGAAAAAAAUUAUAAUAUAUGUGUAUAUGUAUAUGUGUGUGUAUAUAUGUAUGUAUGUGUAUAUGUAUAUAUAUAUAUAUGUGUAUAUAUAUGUAUAUAUAUGUAUAUAUGUAUAUAUAUGUGUAUAUGUGUGUGUGUGUGUGUGUGUGUGUGUGUGUGUGUGUGUGUGUGUGUGUGUGUGUGUGUGUGUGUGUGUGUGUGUGUGUGUGUGUGUUCAGUUGUAUUUAUAUUAUUUUGCCAUGUGCUUUUAUUUUAGUCUUCAGCUGAUACCCAAGGAUGUGUUAUUUUAAUCCAUAUUUUACUUUGAAAGACACAAAAUAUCCCUACUGGUUAAAUAGAUCUGCAGAGCGUUAGGCAUUUAUUUUGCUUCAUUUAACUAUACAUUUAAUAUCCCAAUCCAUUUCCUUUUUUGUUUUAAAAUGUAAACUACGAUCAAUAAUAUUUAUGUGUGGGAGAGUAACAGUGUCUGUAUGUUUGUAUUCGUUUGGGAUUUCUCUUAUUGCGCUUUACACACUGUUACCUGUAGCAUUACAGAACUGCUGUAUGGGAAAAAAAAAAUGCAUAUCAUUUCAGUCAAACAUAUAGAAAUACCUCAGAUUAAGCAAUCAUUUUAAAGCAGAACAGCUUGUGGCUCAAUGAAAAUCCAGUUUCAUUUAAACUGCUGGGAAAAUGGGAGAGGAAUUUUGCUGUGCAAAAGCUACCUCCACCUCUGAUCCAUAACAUUAGGAAUUUUUCAGUUGUUUUCUUUUAAUUGAGAAGGUAAUUCAUUUUGAAAGUUCUUGACCUUUUAUUUACAGGAUACUAUGAAAGCCUGUUUUUGUCACAUGAUAAAAAAAUUGCUUUUAAGUCAUAAUUAUAAGAUACUAAAUCAUAUUUGUGAGAUAAAGUCUUAUUUGUUAGAUUAUUAGAAGUCCUGAUUUUGAGAUACUUUUAUCUCAUAAUUAUAAUCUCAUGUGUGUCAUGUUUGACUUAGUAUCUCAUAAGUAUGCCUUAUAAUCUCAUAGUUAUGAUUCAGUAUCUCAAUUAUGAUCUAUAAUCUUAUUUAUAACUGUCUAGGUCUUAAUUAUAGAUACGAAAUCAUUGAGAGAAAGUCAUGUUUCUACGAUUAUAAGUCAUUUAUGAGAUACUAACUCAGUCAUAUUAAAUUCUCAGUGAUUUUCUAAAUCAUUAUGAGUUAAAAUUGAGUCAAUAAUUAAGAUUAUUGGUUGAUUAUUAGAUAAUUUUAACAUUAGCAUUCAUUUGACUUUUUAUCUGUUAUUUAGCAUCAUAAUCAGGAAUUGUAAUCUCAUAAUAGACUUUCUAAAUCGUAAUUAUGUCAAAUAUAUAAUCAGGAGAUAUUGUGAUCACGAGAAAGUAGAUAUUAAAUUUGAGAAUUUUGACUACCUCAUGAUUUAGUAUCUCAUAAUUAUGACAGUUAUGGAAAUUAUGACUGUAAAAGUCAUUAUGAGAUACUUAAUCAUUAUGAGUCAUAAUUGAGAUUAAUCAAUGAGAUCAGUUAUGAGAUAAUUUUGAGUUUAAGAAUUUUGUUUUGACUUUAUCAGUGAAUUAGUUUUGUAAUUGACUUUCUAAAUCAUAAUGAUGGGUUUGAAAAUUGAGAUAAAAAAAACAAUUAUAUCUCAUAAUUUUGACUUUUUAUUUAAUCUCACAAUUAUGUCAUAGUAUCUCAAAAUUAUGAUUUACCAAAGCAUGAUUUUUUUAUUUAUUUUAUCUCUCUCCAAUGGGCAGAAAUGGGCUUCCAAAAGAUACAGGACGGUCAGGAUAAGAUGCUAUCUAGCAUUGGUCGCAAAAUAUAUUGCCCUUCAUUUCUCAGUGAUGCCCACUUUUACCAUUUCUUGUUUUUGAGGUAAUAUUUUUAUAUAUAAAAGUAGAGUCACUGUAUUUUUGAAGGACAUAUGCACUUGCACACACUUUGUACGGGGGGGUUAUUUUCAAAGCUCUCUUUCUGUGCAGACAUUCCACUUACUUUUGAGUAGAUCUCAAAGAAACAUGCUUCUCUAGCCAGUGAGGACAUUUUUACACGCAAACAAAUACAGUUAAGCUACCCAAAAUGACAGCGAGUGCUUUAAGCUCACAUUAAGGGAACAGGUAUAGAAACUUGGCUUUCAAGCGCUAUAAAGAUUUUUUGUUUUAUAUAUUUAUAUAUUUCUAUGAUGAGGGAUAUACUUUUUUUUUUUUUUUUGCCAAGCAUGUAAAGGGUGCCAUCACUGGUAUGGUGGUGAUGUCAUAUGUGUUCCAGUUGGCUUUAAGAGACUAUGCCAACAGUACAUCCCAUUGUGCCUAAAGUUCUCUAUGUAAAUGUGAUGUCUUCUCAAACAGCUUUAAAACGAACACAUGUUGCCAGACUGCUGGAAGAUUUUAGAGCAAUAAAAGUGUUUAGUACAUUUUUAUAUUUCUUUGUAGAAAUGUAGAUGCAGAAACUAGGUUUUGUAUAUUUCUUCUUUAGAGUUUUUGUAAAUUCAAAUUGCCACAAAUCUUUCAAG